AUGGCUGAUGACGUAUUCCGCAGCAGUGCCCUUGACGUGCUCGCCGACGCCGGUCCAUCUGUUGUUUCUGAGCUGUUGGGACGUGUGCGUUCGUUCCUUACAACCGCAACGACAGCGAUAGAGACAGCAGCCGCAGAUGAUGUGGAGACUAUCACACCGUAUCCAGGCGCCGAAGACAGAAGUACGCCAGAAGCCUUUGAUGCCACACUCACCGCGCUCUGUGGUGUUCUGCAGCGCAGCGAUGUGAGCCACAACCACACCACCCUUGAGGCGGUGGCGGACUUAGCAGUAGCGGCGUUUAAAGCACUUAAUGAACCCCCCGUAAUUGCGCCAUCAUCGUACACGUGCAUUUUGCGGUCGCUGUGGGAGUUGAUGCGCGUCGAACGUGAGCAUGUGAAAGAGGUGGCCCGUCACUUGUGGUAUGAUGACAACGUCGUGGAGCUGCUGUCUCGGCUUUUGCAGUCGCUGCGGGACCGCAACGACGCGGCAGAGACUCGCGGCGCCGUGUACGAUGUAGUGUGGUUACUGUGUGAUUUACAAAACACACCAUCUUCGCCUUCGCCUACUUUCCCGCACGAUGAUAACGCGUUUCUUGCGUUUGCGGCCGAGCACAUCCUUCACGACUGUCAUGAACCGGCGUGCCGCUCGCUCCUCAUGGAACUUUGUGCGCAUCCGUCUUUCAGGAGUUACAUGCUCGAGUUCCACGAGGCGGCGUACCGCGCAGCUGUACAUCUUGCUGUGGCGGAGAAGGAGGAGUAUUCGGCGGCUGCGGUGGCGGCGCUCCUUUCUCAGUGCGACGCCAGCAAAAAGUAG